ACUGAUCCCCGAUCCUUUCCCCACCGUCUAUUCCUGCGUUCAUGACCACUCCCGUGCCAAGUAAUAGCGCUGCAGCAUCCACGAGCAACAGCUCCCCGUGUUCUGGGUCUGGAUGCGAUCAGCCUUUCGGGUCGAGCUCGACGCUCUAUGUGCGCACUGUACUGGUCACGCUCAUCGUUCUUGGAUUCAUCACCGCUUUCGUGGUCAUCCGAUCCAUAUUCUUGCGACGGAGAAGGCAGAUCGCGAUCGCCAAUGGGACGUUCGUCCCCGAUGACGACCUGAGCCGCUUUUACAAAUCGGAGCCCGUGAGGGAGAAGCCGCAGAUGUACGAUGUGUAUGUGCAGUGGGAGCACGGGGAUAGCAAGGACGGCAGAUGGGAUGUCCUGAGUCCCGUCUCUGCGACGGAUGCCGCUUCACUGGCGCAGUAUCAGACACAGAAGGCGCGAUAUACCCAGUCCGCGCGCUCUGUCCAGCCGCGACUGACGAGAAGGCGGAGAUUUUGGAACGGAGUGAGGAGGCAUCUCAUCAACUUCAUCCCAAUAUACAGUUGGUUGCAGCCGACGCCUGCUCCAAGCCGGGUCGACUCUCCGCCACCGCCGACGCCCAUCUCCGCGCCCAUCCGCACAUCGGAGGAUCGCAGAAUGCUACAACUAGCGAUUCUAGUCCGCAUGCCAGAUCCUCUACACGACACCGAGUCGUUGUCAGAUCACUCGUCCCAUAGGACCAGUGGCUCCUUCGGAGAAGAGGAGAAGGUGCCGUACUUCGAAGUGGGUUUACUGAAUGCCGAUCUCGGCGAGACGCGGACUGGGUCAGAAUCGUUCCCUGCCAAGGAGGACGUGUAACAGUGUAUUUUUAGUGUAACAACAUGCAAUACCCGGGUCAAUGCGAGAGUGUGUCCGAGUCCCAGAGCAGGAAGUUCGUUCUCGAACUUCAUUGAUCGCCGAGACGGGCGCGUGCAAUCAUGUUGUAAGUGCCACACAAGCUGUGGGUGACCGCCGGGGCAUGUUCGAUUGCGUUGAGAGUCUCUUUGAGCGCCGAGACCACAGCAUACUUGCUCUUGACGCUCAUGUCCGCAACCACAUCCGCAAACUUGAAUCCGCCCGCGGCAACAGCCGCUGGAGAGACUUUCGGCGUGGUGCCGAUGGAUGCCCCCAAGUUCUACAGUGCGUGCAGCUCCUUGCGUUUGGCGCCGAGGAUGAGACUUGGUGUGCAGCGUACACGUUUAUCGUGACCGUCGUCGUGCUCAUCUUGAUCACCGGGAGCCUCGUCACACGGACAUGCAUCGGCCGGCGCAGAACAGGCGUCCCAAUUGCCAACGGGUCUAUGCAGAGGAAACACGCCAUCGUCCGACGCAGGCCGAGAAUUUUUGACGUGUACUUGGACAUGAGUCACGCUGUGGGACAGUGGGAAAGCUUAACAGUGCGUCUUGUGUGGCGAUCGAGAGGUCCGCCAUCCUAAUCAGGCGUCCAUGUGAGCAGCCAGUCGGCCUGUCGGACAUCUCUUCACCCACCGAAAAAGAUGAUGAGAAAAGCAAUCUGAAGGCAAGGCCGGCCGGCGAUGAGAGCAAUCGAACAUUGCAAGCACCUCUUGUGAUGAGGAUAAGUAGGGCAUUGCAAGUGGGUGCGAACACUCCAAGUUCGGCUACAGAUGGCAAAGACAUGCAAGUGAGAGCUCCGGAGGCCACUGACAAUCUCGGCAAAGUCACGAUACAGAUUGCAGUUCUGGUACAAAUGCCAGAGGAGAUCCCGGAGAGGAGUGGUGUCGGAUGUUUAGCAUUGUACGAGUUCGGUUCGAAGAAUGUUGGCGUAGUCGGAGAGCCAGCGAAGUGGAAAGAUAAUUAGUAGGGGCACCCGGGCAGGGUGCUCACUAGUGUUCCGCUAGGAGGUCGCUUUGUCUGUGCUUGUACCCAUCCAUCAACGUGGGAAGUCACAUGAUGUCCAUCUGAAUUCGCGAUGGCAUUGACAUUUCAAGUGACCGUGGGACACGCUUUGCGCAGAUCCCGACAUUUGCCUGACCUUUGCAGAGCAGGAACCCGAGGCCGAGUACGCCACCGGCUGUCACUACUGCUUCGUCUUUGGGUCACUAUGAAGACGCACUCAGAUGCCCUACCACGGCGACGUGACACUGCGGAACACUAAAGUCCGGCAACUGCGAGAUUUACGCUGUAGGGUCGUAUGAGUGCGAUUCGCGAUUCAAAUGCAGCGUAUUUAGCGCUCUAUCUGCGAUUGGCUGACGCUUGGUCGCGUCGAGGAUCACAGUUCAGCGCGCGCGCACAUCAUAGCGGUACCGGUCCAGAUAGAUGCGUGGAUUGUCGCCCUUUUCUUCAGCUAUCAGCCCACUCAACGUCGCUCUUUCCGCACUCGAGCACCCUAUGUCUGGCUCUCCGUCCCUCGUCCUUCCCUCAUACCCCAUCUCAGGCAAUCUCGCCCCCACCCAAGUGCCGACCUACUCGCGCAACCUCCGUCAGGGCGAGGUCCUCCUUCAACGGUCUCCGCCAGGUCGCCGUAGAUCAACGAGCGACUACGUGCGGAAAUGCGGACGGGAGACCCUCAUAUUGCACGACCAGCUUGAUUCCCGUGCAGACCCCGAUGCACCUCAAUAUGGACCGGGAGCGCAGAUGACGGGUACAGUCCUUGUGGAACAACCGGAGUCGGUGCUCAGCGUCGUCGUGCAGAUUCGCGGCAGGAUCGAGGCGGCACUGCGCUUGCGAGGAUGCGUCACGUUAGUGACGGUGCGAGAGACACAGAAACUGUGGCCCGCCUCUGCUUCAGCUGCACAGGGGGAUGCGUCCGUGUGUCCUAUGCGCCUUCCUUUCCUGUUCGUGCUCCCCGCACGAUUUCAGCGAGCGGAGAGACAUGCCAUGUAUGACCUCCCCCCAACAUAUGAGGUGUCGCUCCCCGGUUUAUCGGCCAAGAGUGGAUAUCAUGUCGUCGUGGUCGUGACGAGGAAAGAUCAUCUGCAUCAUCUGCAUGUCAGUAACAAGACAAUGUCUGUGCCAUUCAUGUAUGACAUCGCAUCUCAUUUGCGCUCGCCUUCCAUGGAUGGGAAAGUUGAGUCUGGCCGGGAAGUCGUAAUCCCGAUCCCUUCCUGCAAAUCAGAACCACUCAGUGUCAAACUUCUCCUCUCCGAACGGCCCCGCAGCAUCUUCCGGGUGGAAGUGCGACUGACAACUCGUUCUGAGCUUCUCCAGCGACUGUUGGGCGUCAGGAUCGAAUGCACUGUGCAGAGAGAAAUUGGUGUCGACUUGCAUGGUCGGCCUACAGCGCGAAGGGCGACCCUGGCUGAAGCUGUUCCUCUCCGGCUUGUCGACGCCCCGAGCUCGGGUGGCGGAUUGAUGGCUGAAGGAUUGGUCUGGAUGGGAGAGAUUCGUUGCUCCGCGGUCAUUCCGCCGUUUGACGCAGGGCUUGUGCGUGUCAGAGAUUACCUCGUCGUGCAUUUGACACCUCCGCCUGCGUUCGCUGCUCAGUACAAAUCUGUUGUCCAGUCGAUCCCCCUUUGGGAAUGAAGGGGAAAUUUUGUAUUUCCGCAAUUGCUACAUGCGAAUCUCAUGUGAUCGUGUCUCGAGAAUACACUCGCAAGCAAGACGACAGAUUGGAUUUGCAUGCUUGGGAUGCUGUGCGGGCUGUCGCCUGGGCCUCGAUCAACUUCGAUCGCCCCUUUUCGCUGCACCGCUCUGGCCCGUGUCUGAGACAACCGCUUUCGGUCCUUAUAUAAGGCUCGGGUCUUGUCGAUAAACACAGCUUCCUUUUUCUUUUGUUCCCUUUACCCCAAUUGUCCACUCCCCCGCCCAUACAUAGUUUCCACCACGAUGCCCGGCGCAACGACACUCCCUAUCACCCAACGGACCCGCCUCCUCCGCACCACCCGCAAACUCGAGUCGAUCCUCGGCGAGACCAUCAUCGUCGAUCUGUUGCCACUCGUCGACCCCAAGGACAUUGCCCGCUGCGCGCCAUCCUCGAAAAGACCCGUCCUGUCUGUCCGCGUCCCCAGCGCCUCGUCCGUGGCCGUGCCGAACUCCCCCGCCUCGCCCGCAUCGGCAUCCUGCCUCACGCCACUGUCCUCCACGACGCCCACAUCCGAGACGUUCGCUGGUGUCAACAACACCCGCCGACGUGUGAAGCUCGCUAAGGUCUCCCGCACCCUUGGUGAGAAUAUCCCCGUGGAGUUGGUCUUCGGGCCCAGUCUACCGAGACGGACGACUCGAGCUCGCAGGGCCUCUUCUCUGUCGCUUGUACAUCCCGGCCCGGCAUUGAGCUCCGCAGCGAGGCCUCGCGGGAUGUCCCUAGUCGCGGGCUCAUCGCCGAUGUCGAGCUCAUUUGACACGGGGCGGGCCGAGAUCUCGGGUCUGCCGACCGCCGAUUCUGAACCAUUGAUUCCGCGCCUGUGAUGCGUUGAAACAGAUGCCGCAGAAGAGGGUCGUUAAUGUGCAGAGCCUCCCCAUGAUCAUGAUAUGAUAUACCUAUAUACAGCAACAUCACUCUAAUCUUAUCAUGUAUCCUACAUCUACCUAGUUUACCGUACUCUAAAUCUAUGUGUACUAUCUCACAAAGCACCCACCAGCGACAUCCUCUGGCAUGUACAGAGCCAGAGCCAUCGGGAUCUUUGCUCACAAGGCCUGGC